AUGAUGCUUAAUAUUCUCUUUCGGCUACAUUCCGAAGUUUUGACGAAUAUCUAUCUUAUCGUUUGGGAUGGCAUGGUGUCAUUUAUUCUUGCAAAACAAUGUCCUGCAGUUAUCUGUACACGGAAAUGUGUCCCCUCAAUAAGUUGCUGUUAUAAAUAGUGCAAUAGAUCAGGAUAAUGUAUUAGUCCUGCGUAGAAGAUUGUUUGGUGAAGAACAGGACUAUUCAAGAUGUAUAAAAUCAUAGUGAUCUCUGUUGUCAUAGCUUCGGUGCUAUGCGCUGAAAUACCAUCUCAUGUAACACUAGACAAACAGACAAACAUAAAGCCAGAUGUAGCUGAAGCCAUAGAAACGCAUGCAGUUUACAAGAAACCGUUGAAGCCAGAAUUAGAACAUCACCCAGUGUAUAGAGCAGAGGAACUUAACCAGGGUCGCGCAAGGAUUGAACCAGUGAGGGCCAAAGGUCCUGUUGUUAAGCAUGACAUGCUGGCUGAUGAACCUACGCCAGCUUCUGAUGUUGAUAAAGUCGAUAAUUAUGGUUUCUCCAACCCCGUAGAAGUAGCGUAUCCUGAUAUCCCUUACGCCCCCGGCUACGGUUAUGGUAACGGAUUUACGGGACCAAAUAAUUAUGAUUUGUACAAUCCCAGUGACUACUACAUGGAACCUGAUACAUCGACCGCUGGAUUACUUUGGAGUCAAGUACCUGAUUCUAGGACGCUCGUAAGUUAUGCAGGCAGGACUAUAAGCUGGAUUUUCAGCAGUAUUUUCGUCCUUAUGCUAGGCUCUCUCAUCACCAUAGGAGUUUGUAGUUACACGCAUCUCUGCAGCAUCACUUUCAACGGUGUCGGGCCUAUCCACGAGGAGAUGAGAUCUUUGAUCACACCAGAGCGACUGGAGAGGAUAGGCAAAGCUGCAGACAUUGUGAAGACCGCCAUUGAUAGAUAUCAAAAGAUACAAACGGUAGCUGAGCCAGGAACAAGAAAACGUCGUUCUCCUUUCUUUUGAAACUUCGAUUUUCAAAAUUAAAUAGUAUCGACCUACCUA